CUCUGAGUCUCUGAGGCUGAACCUGGUUGUUGUGGUUGAGCCCAACCACUCCACCGUCUUCCCCAUUUCCAGAUCCACACCAACGAGACCCAGCGAGCGGAGCACCAUGGCAGAACCGCCACGGCACCGCACCUCGCCGCCGGCGCUCCCGCACGAGCUCGUCGAGGAGAUCCUCCUCCGCCUCCCACACGACGACCCAGCCUGCCUCCUCCGCGCCUCCUUCGCCUGCAAGGCCUGGGGCCGCGCCGUCUCCCAGCCCGACUUCCGCGGCCGCUUCAUCAAGGAGCACCAGCAUCGGCCACUGCCCUUGAUCGGCUUCCUCCACAACUGGGAGGACGAGCGCGUCCCCCGCUUCUUCUCCACCAUCGCCUUGCCCUUCUCCCUCCCCGCCCCGGACCGCGCCUCCUGGCUCGCCCUCGACUGCCGCCACGGCCGCGCCCUCUUCCUCUCCGAGUCCGAGGGAUCUGGUGCUCAGCAACUCCUUGUGUGGGAUCUAAACACGGGCGUCCAGCGGCGCAUACCAGUGCCCCCGCUGCACAGCAGCUACGUGUACAGGACCGCGGCCGUGCUCUGCCCAGCGGACGGGUGCGACCACCGCGACUGCAACGGGGGUCCCUUCCGCGUGGUCUUCGUCUUCACCAUGGUCCGGUGUGUGCUGAUGUGGCCCGGUGUCACGUCGGUGUGCGUCUACUCGUCAGAGACUGGCACGUGGUCCGGUGAACUGGGCAAGAUUAGUCACCAGUUCCACGCGUUGACGUUUACAUGUCAUUCCAGCCUGCUCCUUGGGAGGUCUCUGCUCUACUUCAUGUCCGACGGUGGGUUCAUCCUAGAGUAUGACUUGGCCAGCAACGUCCUGACUGGCUUCGAGACGCCAUACAACAGCAACAAGCAGAUAUUUAACCUUAUGGUGGCGGAGGAUGGUGGAAUAGGAGUUAGCGAAGGCUUCAGUUCCCAUCUCAAACUGUGGUCAAGGGAGGAGAGUGAUGCACAGUGGGUACUUAGCCGGGUCAUCCACCUGCAAAAUUCGCUCCCACCUGCUGCUCUCGUGGAUGCAGAGGCUGAACUGAUGGUAUUGGGAUUUGCCGAGGGAGUGAAUGUCAUUUUCGUUAACACGGUGGCUGGCCUCUUCACAAUCGAGCUACAGUCGGAGCGGGUGAAGAAGGUGUGCGAUGAUCAUGGCUUCUGUAAUUUGAUUCCAGUUGUCAGCUUCUACACUCCCGUGGACCGUCUCGAAUACCAGGACCUGCUGCCGUCGAUCCCUAGUGAGAAUGUAGGUGAUGAGGAGGGGGGAGAGGAGGAGAAAACAGUAGACGAGGCACAUCAGCUACUUGACAAGGGGUCCAAUACUAUCAAGGAGGGUGGCUUUGUCGACGCCGUUGAACGUGUCAGCCAUGACCUCAAUGCCAGGGUUGGGGGUCAUGGAGAAGUUGCUCCAGGGUGUGCUAGCACGUUUGACAAAUAUGAAUGCGCAUACAUAGCUCAAGAGGUGAAUGAUUCUUUGGAUGAUGUUUCCAGGAGUGUAUCAAAUGAAGAAUCGGUGAAGGGCACAUCCAGCAAAGAUGAUGCUGAGGACUCAAAGACCUCUGGUAGCAAUGGUGAGGAUGCUGCUCCAUCUUCGGAGAAAGGUGAUUCUCAAGAAGGUACUGUAUUAUCAUUGUCCCUUUCUUUGGACCAGCAGUGCUGCCAGGGCUGCACAACUGCGUGGUGAAAUACUUUAUUUUCUUUGAAGUUUGCAUUGCUCUCCCAAGAUUUCGCAUGAAAUUUAACUUCUAUGGAAUAGUUUCACAAUUAACUUUUGGGAUCAACCGGGCCCACAAUUUUAAAGAGGCACUGCCACUGCCCCCAAUUAGUCAUAUACUCCCACAGAAAAAUGGCCAUGUAAUCCUGCAUAUGCAAACUACUAGUAAUCUUGCUUGGGGCUUGGAAGGAGAACUGUUUGCUAUUUGUACUUAUCUAUUGAAUUCUCAUCCACAUUCCUUGGAAGACUGUUUAAUCAAUGCAGUUUUGCUAAUAGAUAGUAGAUGAUGUUUCUGAAAGCAGAAAAUGCUUUCAUUUCUCAAAAAAACUUGUGCCAUGGGUUGACCAUAUCUUGAACUUGUGUCUGGUGCAACAUGUCAGCCAUUUGCCUUCUAAAUUUAUAUACAUAUGUUUUAUUAUCUUUCUUACCUAUACACUUGGAAUAGCAAUGCCAGUUUGAACAUCUAUGCAUCUAUCUAAAUAGUGUACUCGCAGAAGGUAGAUUUACUACAUAAGAUCUCCUCUUUUAAAUCAUGUCUUACAUAAGUUAUGCAAUAAUGUGAUUAGUUGGUGUUAAACGAACCAAUCUAUUAUCAUCAUCAUGCUAUAGUGAUUAAGCUGGACCACUUAAUCAUUUGUAUGGAUCUCUUCCUGGUGAGUUUUCAAUCGUAUAAUAGAAUUGAUGGUCAUGCAUCAAUAUGUUUUUUACCUCUUAGAGUAAAUACGGGUAAUAGUUGUUUUUAACAAGAACAUUGAUAUUGUCGUUUACUAGGGGAAACUCAAAUGGUAACAACACACGCCUAGACGCACUGUAAAUAACCUUGGGGUUGUAGGUAGAGGCUUCAAAUGUGGUAAUGUCAGGUCUCUGCUGAACCUGUCUGUAAAAAAAGAGACUAGUAACAGAUUGUUCACUGUCUGUAAAAUGUGGUUCAGCCAGAUAUUAGGUUCUGAAAUUGCCAAGAUAUGCCCAAGACACGGCAUUAGAUGUCGCAACUGCAUGUUUCAUGUUGCCUUGAUGGUCAAUACUCAUCUGUUGAUGUGUAUACAAGUAGCUUGAUACGUGUUGUUGUCAUUCAGCAUUUGAUCUGUUUUCUUCUUCUUUUUUACCAAUGCUAUUGCAAUGUUUGGCAUAUUCAGUAUGCGGUUGCAAUGUUUGCCAUGCUCUGAAAAGACUGCCAUUGUUCUGCUCUUUUCUGUGAUGCGACAUUCUUUGCAUCAGUCUUGGAGGGUUGCAUAAACCAUAUUGCAUGUUCCUGUGCAUGUGUGAAAUGUUGCUUUUUAUGUAAAAUUCAUAUGUACUAUAUUCUGUCUGACUCAAUUUAUUCUGCUAGCAUCACAUGCCUCUUACAGGAGUUUUGCUUUCUAUGUAUAUAUCAGUUGUGCUAACAUCUCACUCUGUUGCUAUGUGCUGCUAGUGCUAGGCUGAUGGUCAGGCCGGAUGUUCAUCAGUCAUCAGCACCUUGAGUAGGAUCCUUUUCUUCUCCACAAUUGGGAAACACUUUUGUCAUGGUAUUGUAGUUUAGAUUCCAGACUAAAUGUAGACAAGAAUUAAGGCACCAAAUGGGGAGGCUUUGGCACCCUGAAGAAGUGAAAUAGCGAAUGAUGUUCAAGAGCUGGUCUGAAGGAUAGUGUCGCAACUAGGAUUCUAUGAUGCAAAUUAGCUGCCGAGUGGGGAUCAGGGUCAAUGAUGCCUAACAUUGGAGCGGUUCAGGGUCUGUUAUGUUGUUCUGUACAACGAUGUUUCGAUCUUUUGAGAAACAUUUCAUCUUUGAGAAAUAGGAUAAACAUUAUCUACAUAUUUCAUCAGUUUC